CGGGCACUGAGGAAGGGUUAUUUAACUCUGGCGCCCUGAGGAUCAGCCACACAGACCCUCCUCACCUCGGAACAUCCCGGGGCGCUCGCCCUCUGCGUCCAGCUGAGAUGGGAUGUCACUCCAGCAAGAGCACCAAGGUGGCGGGCGAGUCCCAGAAACCUGCAGAAGAGCCCGAAGGAGAGGAGCCAAAUCUGGAGGUCGGCCCCGAGGCGGCAGAUGGCAAGGACGCCUCCCUGAAGAAUGGCGCCCCUGAGCGGAAGAGCUGAGAUGCUUCUCUCAGGAGUCGGACCCUCCCCUCAUCUCUGGAACUGCCUUUGGCCCACGAGACAGGCCCCAUCCCGAGAGGCUCCGAAGAGAGAGAGGAGAGAGAAAUCCCAGCCUUUGGGAUUCAGACUCCAGAAGUCCCCUUCAUCAAGGCUUUGCUCUGGAUCUUUGAGGAAGAUGAGGCUGGGGGCGGGGGGAGUCCUAUCUCCCCAGCUCUCCCAUAGAGACGAUGAAAGACAUCUUCCCCCAUCAUGAAACGUUCCCAGAGCUUCUGGAAACGGGGGAGCCCCAUAGCUCUAGCCCUGAGGAAUCUGCUCAGCCGUGACUUUCCAGCAACCCCCCCCAUCCCGUCCCUCCCCCACCCCCUGCCGCCUCACUUUUCUGAGCUCUGAAAGAUCUGUGGUCAUAGCCUGGAUGGGGGUGUGUGGCUCUCAGGUUUUUUGUUUGGUUUUGUUUUGUUUUCCCCCUCUCCUUUUUUCCAAUGGCUGGCUGUAGAGCCAGCGUCCCUCACAGGAAGGUUUGGGGUUUGGCUCUGUGCUGUUUGUGUGAAUGCUUUAAUAUUUAACUCGGGGAAUUGUUAAUGAAUUAUGGGAACAAUCAGACAGACUGUGAUCAUGGCAAUGAAGACAACAAGGCCUUGAUCAUCCAGUAAGUGGAACACGGAGUACCGCUGGGAAGGAAGGAGGAGGGAUUCAUGUUCCUGGGUUUUUAAUCCCUUUGCUGAUGUUUUGGUGUCUCCUCAUAUCAAAAGUCUGUCAAUUUGAACCCUCGAGCAUCUGAACUCUGCGGAUUCAGCUUUUAGAAAUAUUUCGCUGUUUACUCACAUGUCUGUCAGCCUAUUCCCCCCCUUGCAUGUGUUUUGUUUUUUAAUUCGACUCCAGAGCAUUUUAAUUUGAAAUCAAAUAGACAUGUUUGCAAAUAAAUAAUGACACAACACA